AUGAUGUUUGAAUCAAAGCAAGCCCAUCUUCAGUUCCUUGUAUUUUCUUUGUUUCUUCUCUACUGGCACCAAAUACCAAUUGGAGACCAAGUUGUUGGUCAAGAAAUACAGUUUGAUUAUAGGAAUGGGAAUGAGAAGGGACCAGAACACUGGGGAGAGCUUAAGAAAGAAUGGGCAGCAUGCAAGUAUGGAAAAUUACAAUCACCAAUAGAUUUAUCGGAUGACCGUGCCACCAAAGUGAUCCCAAGUUUAGAGGAUCUUCAAAUGAGUUACAAGCCCUGCAAUGCAACCAUGAAGAACGAAGGCCACUAUAUCGCGAUGGAGUGGGAGGGUGAUGCUGGAUCAGUCAAAAUCAAUGGCACAGAUUACUUCCUCAAGCAAUGCCAUUGGCACACCCCCUCUGAGCAUUCCAUUAAUGGCAUAAGGUAUGAUUUGGAGCUGCACAUGCUUCACCAAAGUCCGGACCCGAACAAUAAAGCUGUAGUUGCACUUCUAUUCAAAAUUGGCAGCCCCAAUCCUCUUCUCUCAAAGGUGCACAACGGCUUAGAGUCUAUGAUUUUUACAAAGGAGACACAACUCGAACUGACUGAUCCAAGUGAGAUAAAAUGGAGCAGCUUAAAAUUUUACAGAUACAUUGGCUCACUCACAACCCCUCCUUGCACUGAAGGAGUUAUUUGGACCGUAAACGAAAUGGUAAAUACUGUUUCGAAAGAACAACUGGAGUUACUUAAACAAGCUGUUCAUGAUUAUGCAAAGAUGAACGCAAGACCAUCACAGCCUUUCAACGACCGAGACAUCAUCCUCUACAGCCCGUUGUUAAGACAGCCAGUGUUUCAAAACUAG